AUGCAUUUUAAAAUCAAUUUAAUAUUUGUGAUAAAUUACUUGCUGUUAUUUGUUUGUGGUGGCGUUCAUAAUGUGUUUGCUGGUAAUACAGAAUUCUUUUCCUCUGUGCAUCAAAUGUCCAAAUUGGUGCAAUUGGAAAGUGUCUUGUUGCAACAAAUGCAAAAAUAUAUUAAAAUUAAUGAAAAUAAAUUGGAUUUUCUGAAAGACCGCUUAGCAAUGUUGGAGAGAGAUAACAGGGAGGCGCUGGAAGAAGGCCUAAAUUAUUUUGAUAGUCCUUUGAAUAAGUACUAUCUUACGAAGCGAUUGACUGUGGAUUGGGCGCGUAUUGAGAAUAUCAUGCAACACGAGUCGGGAAAAAAAACGCUCAAUCGAAUCGCAAAAUACGAGAGCACCAACCAUUAUCCAGAAAACUCCGAGCUAGAUGGCGCCAUCGCAGGUUUUCUGCGCAUACAAGAAGUGUAUCGGUUGAAGACCGCAGAUAUGGCGCAAGGCAUACUGGAUGGGGUAAAGUAUAAUAUCUCUUUGGAUGCACGGCUCUGCCUUGACAUCGCCAAAUACGCAGCCAAGGAGAACAAUAUGAGAUUUACGCACUCUUGGGCUUUGGAAGCGCUAAAACGUUUACAGGACCCGGCAGAGGUAUCUAACAAUCCCACUGCGGUGUUGGCGGAGAAACUUGAAGUGGCUGAAAUUUUGGAAUUAUUGGCUACAAGUAAAAAAAAUUUAGGUGAUUUGAAGGGUGCCAAUCAAACGUAUGCUGAACUCGUGCAAUUACGUCCCGACAUCGAGAACUAUACCAGGGAAUAUUUGGUGUUUCUGAAGGAAAAUGUACACAAAGAAUAUGUCAGUGUUGAUCUCAGCGAUGAGCAUGAGCCCCUACCUGCAGACCUGCAUUCCACGGAUCAAUUCACGCGCUACAAGCACACCUGCAACGGUUUACUCAAACAAAGUCCGAGCGAAGAACGUGAACUGCGUUGCGGUUAUCUCACCGAAACGGAUCCAUUCCUAUUGCUGGCACCGUUGAAAGCCGAAGAACUCAAUCAUCAUCCUUUGCUUGUGCUCUACCAUGACGUUUUGUCAGAUGCUGAAAUCGAAAUCAUGAAAGGUUUAAGUGAUAAUCGCAUUGUGCGCGCAACAGUGGCGGGUAUUAAUGGGAGCGUUGUCUCAGAGUUGCGCACAAGCCAGUUUGUUUUUAUGCCGCGUACUGCUCACAAACUUCUCGAAGCUAUUGAUGUUCGCGCUGAGCAAAUGACCGAUUUAAAUAUGGAGUACUCAGAGGAUCAUCAAUUUCAAAAUUACGGUAUCGGCGGUCAUUAUGGUCAGCAUUAUGAUUGGUUUCAGUCAGAAGACGUAAGAAAAAGUAAAAUUCCAUGCCUUCUAAUCUCUAGUAGAGAAAUGGGCAAUCGAAUUGCAACAGUGCUGUUUUAUUUAACCGAUGUUGAGCAAGGUGGCGGCACCGCCUUUCCCUUCCUCAAACGAUUGUUGAUGCCAAAGAAGGGUGAUGCCGCUUUCUGGUACAACCUGCAUGCUGACGGCGUAGGCGAUCUGCGCAAUCUCCAUGGCGGCUGUCCGAUUAUUGUGGGCUCCAAGUGGGUGCUUAAUCGCUGGAUUCGCGAGAAUAUUCAGAGUGAUCGACGGCCAUGUGAACUGUGGCCCGAUAGUUGUAGGGACUGUGCUUAGUCAUUGUCCAAGUAUUAAAGUAAUUAGUUAAGGUAUAUGUAAUGAUAUAUUUAAGAUAUUCAAAAGAAAUUAAUUAAA